UCUUCUCGAGUGGACACUUCGCUCUCGCUGUUCCAACACUCGGGCUACCAGAAACACCAUGGACUUCUGGAAGGUCUUUCCUUUUCUGGCUUUCAGCAGCAUAUGGGUCCUGUGCCUGGCCAGCAGCCUCCAGGCGGCCCCUUUCAGGUCAGCUUCAGAGAGCAGCCUAGACCUCAGCGAUCAGGAAAAACACCUCUUGCUUGCUGCACUGAUGCAGGACUAUGAGCAGAUGAAGGCCAGGAAGCUGGGAUGGGAGGAGCAGGAGACUGAGGGCUCCAGUGUCACUUCCCAGAAGAGAUCCUGCAACACUGCCACCUGUGUGACCCAUCGGCUGGCCGGCCUGCUGAGCAGAUCCGGAGGUGUGGUGAAGGACAACUUUGUGCCCACCAAUGUGGGCUCCGAAGCCUUCGGCCGGCGCCGCAGGGAGCUUCAAGCCUGAGUAACUAAUGGUUCCAUGAAGAAGGUGACUUUGUACUCUGGACUGGGAGAGGAAGGAUUUGGGAGCUAUGACCCACAUUAGGAAGCCCACUGACUGUUGUAAGGCCCUGCAUAUUUAAUACUAGUUUUCUCCCUGAGGUAGUGAGUUCCUUCUCAAACUGAGUUUGAAAAUGAAAUUGGAAAGGCAGGAGAGAUUGCAUAGAAGCAGUGCCUUGUUGCCGAGAAGAGAGAGAAAUACUGCCUGGAUUUGUACAGGGAAGGACCUGUAAACCUUACCCAGUGCCAAGUUUUACAAAUAGACCCAGCUUCGACUCUUGGUUGGUGUUCCCCAGCUCGGACCAGAGGGCUAUAAGCAAGUUACUACCAGGAUCUUUAGUAACUUUUCUGCUUUUGAGACAGUCUCAAGUAGCCCAGGCUGGCUUGCUUCUCAGUAUAUAGAGCUGGCUUUGAAUUCCUGACCCUUCUGCCCCAACUUCCAAGUGCUGAGAUUGCAUUGCGGGAUCUCCAAAACGCCUAGCACCACUCCCAGUUCUGACAGGGACAGUGCCAUACGCCUUCUCACACUCCAUAUUCAGAGCUCAUGGGCGCAGCUUAGUGGAGGAGCCAUUAGUGUAAGCCAGGGGGAGCCAUUAGUGUAAGCCAGCACUGGUAAGGGUGUUCCCUGCUACUCACGUGUCUGUAUCCUUCCUCUUUCCCUUAUCUUCAUUCCCUCCCUUUCUUUUUUCCUCUCCCUUUGCCUUUUCUUCCUUCCCCUUUUUUUGUUUUUUUGUUUCUCUUUAUCUCAGGUUACAUAAAGUUGAACUCACCAUGCCUAUUAAUCUUUUUAUUAAACAACCCGAUGAGAAGGCCCAAUGAACGAUGUGCAUGUUUGUAUCCUGAUAGAUAAUGAGGGCAACCAGCGUUGUUACUUGAGAGGAGUGAAAGAAACCAAGUAUAAAUGAAUUAAUUCUGUGUUUGUUUGCAUCAUUUUUUUUAUACUGAGUCUGUGGCCAGUCAAAUAUGGUGGUGUCUCCUACUGGCAUCCUUUGCAGCAAACCACAUAGGUUCUCCAAGAGCCAUCCAGCAGAUGGUAGCAGCUCUGUUGAACUUUAGGGAGUUGUGAAAUCACUGCCUUUUGUAGCUACUGGGGACUUGUGGUAGAAGAGAUGCUGUGCCUUGAUGUCUCAGAACAUGAUUGUAAAUUUAUCUAAGGAAAUGUCAAAAUUGUACCACUUGUGAACUUCAUCAAGAUUAAAACAUAUUUUAGAUACA